AUGGCUGAUCCACUAUCAAUUGCGUCUGGAGUUGCCGGCUUGCUGUCUCUUGGUAUCCAGCGUAUUAAGGAUCAGGAAUCCGAUUUGAUUCAGAUCACGCAAAAUCUUGGAAAUCUUUUGGUUAUAUUUACGGCCCUUGAUGAAGCAUUGCUAAGGCGCCGGCCGCGGAUUGAUGAUCAAGAGCUGGUUGGCAGUAUUGACAGAUCAAUAUGGGGGUGCAAAGAGAUUAUCAAAGAGUUAGAAGCCGAGUGUCAUAAAUUACAAGAGACAUCAACAGCCGGAUUUAAGGGUCAAAUCAAGUCUGCCGGGCGUCGGGUCGCGUAUCCCUUUCGAAAAAGUACUCUCCAAAAGCUUGAAGAGGACAUCAGUGAGAUACGGGAGAACCUGUCCCUAGCACUUGACGUGCUCCAGCUCAAAAGCAACAAUACGCUCCAGGAGGACUUGUCAAAGCUCAGGUCACUUCUUGAACACAUAAAUGCGACUCAUAUCUCGUCUGAAAUACGUAGCUGGCUUAUGGCUCCAGAUGCGACCAGUGAUCAUAAUGCUGCCUGUGAGAAACACCACUCAGGCACCGGGACUUGGUUCAUUGAAGGCCAUCAUUAUAAAAAUUGGCUGAUGGAGCGCAACUCUCUCAUCUGGAUAAAUGGGUUUGCUGGAUGCGGCAAGUCGGUCAUGUGUUCAACAGCCAUUCAAUCUACCUUCCUUGAGAGUCAAUAUCGACACAAUGUGGGCAUCGGAUUCUUCUACUUUUCUUUUCGUGAUAAGUCAAAGAUCACAGCUUCCGGCAUGCUUCGAGCGCUAUUAUUACAGCUAUCAGCGCAGCUUAAUGAUGGAGAGAAAGACUUGCAGCAACUGCAUGCAACAUACAGGCUAGGAACUCCACCAGUGGAAGCGCUUCUCAACUCCCUUCAGAAUACUUUCAGCAAAUUCCAGGACACCUACAUUCUGCUUGAUGCACUGGACGAGAGCCCCCGAGAGAGUGAAAGAGAGGGGGUGUUAAAAGCAAUAGAGAUAAUGCGGCAGUGGCGCUUGCCGGGCUUUCAUCUUUUAGUUACUAGCCGUGACGAGCUCGAUAUCCGCCAGUCACUAAAGCCCGCUCAUCAUCAAGAUCUCAUGAUGAGGAAUAGUGAGGCCGAGAAGGAUAUAGCAAACUUUGUUUCUUACCAGCUCAGCCAUGACCCCAAAUUUCAGAGAUGGAAAUCACGUCAUAGAGAGAUUGAGGACAAUUUGGCCAAAAAGUCACAGGGAGUAUUUCGAUAUGUUGAGUGUCAAUUAAUUGCUCUUAAACGUGCUCGGAAUCAGAAUCGGCUUGAUGAAUGUCUACGUUCGUUGCCACGCGACCUGGAUGAGACAUAUGAGCGGAUUUUGUGCAGCAUCGACAAGGACGAUGCUGGGGAUGUCCAACGAAUAUUGACAGUGCUCUGCGUGUCUAAACGGCCGCUAUCAGUGCACGAAUUGAUUGAUGCUCACGCAAUUGACCUUGCAGAGCCGCCGCACCUUGAUCGUGACGGUCGAUCAUAUGAUCCAGACGAUCUCAUUGACAUCUGUCGUGGUCUGAUAGAAUUUUCGGUGAUCGAACAAGACAAUGAAAAGAAGACAACUGUUGCCCGCAUAGCACACUUCUCCGUACAAGAGUACCUUGAGUCAGACCGUGUGCAAAAAGAGGCGAAAGCAUUUGCGAUUCACAAAGAACGCGCCAACAUUGAACUUGCUCAGAUCUGCCUUGUCUAUCUUCUAGAGCCAAAGCUCUGUGACAGUCCACUAGAUGAGACAAGGCUCGCUGAGUUUCCUUUAGCUCAAUUUGCUGCUAUGCAUUGGUACAGUCACUAUAGAGAUGGUUCCGGAAUGGAGUCAGCAGCCGAAGAUUUAAUUCUGAGGCUGUUCAAUAAUAACGCAAAGUCUUUCCUGACAUGGCUGCAGCUCCAUGACUUGGACAGCAUGCGGGACUGGGAUUUGACCUUGAGGAAAGAUUUGGAAGAUAUACCAUCGCCUUUGUAUUACGCAGCCCUUUUGGGGCUUGAAUCAACCCUGAACACACUCAUAACCACAUCAGCCAAUAAAUCCAGCCACGAGGACUUCGUUAAUGUUAAAGGUGGACGUUAUGGCAAUGCUCUGCAGGCUGCAUCAUAUGCAGGCCAUGACAAGAUAGUGCAGAUACUGCUGGACCAUGGUGCUGAAGUCAAUGCUCGAGGUGGAUGGUAUGGCAAUGCUCUUUAUGCUGCAUCAGCUCACGGCCAUAAGGAGAUAGUGCAGAUACUACUGGACCAUGGUGCUGGAGUCAAUGCUCGAAGUCGAGGGUAUAAAAAUGCUCUUUAUGCUGCAUCAGCUAACGGCAAUAAGGAGAUAGUGCAGAUACUACUGGACCAUGGUGCUGAAGUCAACACUCAAGGUGGAUAUUACGCCAAUGCUCUUUAUGCUGCAUCAUAUAAAGGCCAUGAGGAGAUAGUGCAAAUACUGCUGGACCAUGGUGCUGAAGUCAACACUCAAGGUGGACAUUGGGGCAAUGCUCUGCAGGCUGCAUCAGCUAGAGGCCAUGAGGAGAUAGUGCAGAUACUGCUGGACCAUGGUUCUGAAGUCAAUGCUCAAGGCGGAGAGUAUGCCAAUGCUCUACAGGCUGCAUCAAAUACUGGUAAUGAGAAGAUAGUACAGAUACUGCUGGACCAUGGUGCUGAAGUAAAUGCUCAAGGUGGAGACUAUGGGAAUGCUCUUCAGGCAGCAGCAGCUAUUGACCAUGAGGAGAUAGUGCAGAUACUGCUGGACCAUGGUGCUGAAGUCAAUGCUCAAGGUGGAUGGUAUGGCAAUGCUCUACAGGCUGCAUCAUAUACAGGCUAUAAGAGGAUAGUGCAGAUACUGCUGGACUAUGGUGCUGAAGUCAAUGCUCAAGGUGGAUGUUAUGGCAAUGCUCUGCAGGCUGCAUCAGCUAGAGGCCAUGAGAAGAUAGUGCAGAUACUUUUGGACCAUGGUGCUGAAGUCAAUACUCAAGGUGGAUGUUAUGGCAAUUCUCUGCAGGCUGCAUUAUAUGCAGGCUAUGACAAGAUAGUGCAGAUACUGCUGGACCAUGGUGCUGAAGUCAAUGCUCGAGGUGGAUAUUAUGGCAAUGUCCUUUAUAUUGCAUCAGCUAAAGGCCAUGAGGAGAUAGUGCAGAUACUGCUGGACCAUGGUGCUGAAGUCAAUGCUCAAGGUAGAGAGUAUGAAAAUCCUCUGCAGGCUGCAUCUGCUGAAGGCCAUGAGAAGAUAGUGCAGAUAUUGCUGGACCGUGGUGCUGAAGUCAGCGCUCAAGGUGGAGAGUAUGGCAAUGCUCUUUAUGCUGCAUCUAAUGCGGGCUUUGAGAAGAUAGUGCAGAUACUGCUGGACCAUGGUGCUGAAGUCAAUGCUCAAGGUGGAGAGUAUGGAAAUCCUCUGCAGGCUGCAUCUGCUGAAGGCCAUGAGAAGAUAGUGCAGAUACUGCUGGACCAUGGUGCUGAAGUCAACGCCCAAGGUGGAGAGUAUGGAAGUGCUCUGCAGGCUGCAUCAGCUAGAGGCUAUGAGAAGAUAGUGCAGAUAUUGCUGGACCGUGGUGCUGAAGUCAGCGCUCAAGGUGGAGAGUAUGGCAAUGCUCUUUAUGCUGCAUCUAAUGCGGGCUUUGAGAAGAUAGUGCAGAUACUGCUGGACCAUGGUGCUGAAGUCAAUGCUCAAGGUGGAGAGUAUGGAAAUCCUCUGCAGGCUGCAUCUGCUGAAGGCCAUGAGAAGAUAGUGCAGAUAUUGCUGGACCAUGGUUCUGAAGUCAGCGCUCAAGGUGGAUGUUAUGGCAAUGCUCUACAGGCUGCAUCAUAUGCUGGCUAUGAGAAGAUAGUGCAGAUACUGCUGGACCAUGGUGCUGAAGUCAGCGCUCAAGGUGGACAUUAUGGCAAUGCUCUGCAGGCUGCAUCAGCUAGAGGCUAUGAGGAGAUAGUGCAGAUACUGCUGGACCAUGGUGCUGAAGUCAAUGCCCAAGGUGCAGAGUAUGGCAAUGCUCUGCAGGCUGCAUCAUAUAAAGGUAAUAGGAAGAUAGUGCAGAUACUGCUGGACUAUGGUGCUGAAGUCAACACUCAAGGUGGAUAUUAUGCCAGUGCUCUGCAGGCUGCAUCAGCUGAUGGUGAUGAGAAGAUAGUACAGAUACUGCUGGACCAUGGUGCUGAAGUCAAUAUUCAAGGUGGAGAGUAUGGAAAUAGUCUGCAGGCUGCAUCAUAUCAAGGCUAUGAGAAGAUAGUGCAGAUACUGCUGGACCAUGGUGCUGAAGUCAAUGCUCAAGGUGGAGAGUAUGGAAAUCCUCUGCAGGCCGCAUCUGCUGAAGGCCAUGAGAAGAUAGUGCAGAUACUGCUGGACCAUGGUGCUGAAGUCAAUGCUCAAGGUGGACAUUAUGGAAAUGCUCUACAGGCUGCAUCAUGUGCAGGCAAUGAAAAAAUUGUGCAGAUACUACUGGACCAUGGUGCUGAAGUUAAUGCUCGAGGUGGAUUGUAUGGUAAUGCUCUUUAUGCUGCAUCAGAUAGAGGCCGUGACAAGAUAGUGCAGAUACUGCUGGACCAUGGUGCUGAAGUCAAUGCUCAAGGUGGAGACUAUGCCAAUGCUCUGCAGGCUGCAUCAUAUGCUGGAAAUGAGGAGAUAGUCCGGAUACUGCUGGACCGUGGUGCUGAAGUCAAUGCUCAAGGUGGAGAGUAUGGAAGUGCUCUGCAGGCUGCAUCUGCUGAAGGCCAUGAGAAGAUAGUGCAGAUACUGCUGGACCAUGGUGCUGAAGUCAACGCCCAAGGUGGAGAGUAUGGAAGUGCUCUGCAGGCUGCAUCCGCUGAAGGCCAUGAGAAGAUAGUGCAGAUACUGCUGGACCAAGGUGCCGAAUCCAACCCACACAAAUAG